GAAAUCUCUUUUGAUGUAAAACAUUUUCAAAAGACCAUAUCUGUAUAUCUGUUAACAACUUAACAUGCUAGAAGGAUUUUUCCACCGGAGAAUAUAGAGAGCUGCAAAUUACCAAUAAAAGAACAUGGCAUUCACUAAAUGCAAGAUAUCUGACUGUGCUUUGAUUAUAUACAAAUGUUUAGACAAUCGUUGAGCAUCAUUUUGGUGCAAUAGAAAUGAAUCAAAAGAUGCUAAUUUAUGGCCAUCCAUGGCAUGUUAUCCUUAAACCCUAAAUAUAAGUGCAAGUGUUUAAAAAGCAAAUGUUUUAAAAAACCAUGGACGGCACGAUUAGAACCUGCGUGGGCAAAGCCCACAUGAUUUCUAGUCAUGCUAGAUAACCACUCCGGCACGUCCACUUGAAUGAAUGAGAAGUAGCCUCUAAACAAACUAGUAACCUCUAAAAACCAAAACAACUCAAGUUCGAGUUCAUAGUGAUAAGCGGUAUGAGGGAUUGGAGCCAAAGUCUUUGUUGAACUGGGUUUUUGUUAUCUGAUAUUCUGAUUCUGGGUGGUGGUAACUUCCUCUGCUUCUGGGGCGCUUAACCAACUCACUAUUCACUUCACUGCAACUUCAGUUUUGGCUCCAUAACCAAAACACCCAACUCUUGUGGGAUUGCAAGUAAGUCUUUUCAUUUUCUGUCUCAAGUGCUUUCUGUAAUGCUAUGAAUGCCCUUUACCAUUUUGAUGAGUUGGGAAUGUUGGUUUUUGGGUGGUAUUGGAAUUGGGUUUUGUGUUUUCUGUGUCUACUGUGAUAGCCUGAGUUGGGUUUUUCAUGUGCUUUGAUUAUUUGAAUAAAGGUGACUGCUUUGGUUCGGAUUGUGUUUUUGGGAUUGAUUGAGUUAUCAGUUGUUAUUCAAUAGUUGAUAUUUCCAUGAAUUUAGAUUCAAAAUCUUAUCCUUCAGGCAUUGCUUCAUGUUUGCAAAGACAGGCCCUGCAUUGUUUGAUAUCGAAUUGAAUCGAGUUUAAGAACAUGGCCUCCACAAUUUUCAGAAGCUUUCAAACCCACCCUUUUGUGUUCCAUCCCACCACAUUACUCAGAAGAAAGAAUGUUCUUUUGUAUUGUACAAUGAGAAGUCAACAAACCCAGACAGCCACCCAAGAGAAGGUUAAGCCACAAGUGAAAGUUUCUAACUUGAACCCGAAUAAGAAGCUGGAGAAUAUCUCGAAGGACUAUGAAGCAGUCAUAGGUAUCGAAACCCAUGUCCAGCUAUCUACUCAGACCAAGGCCUUUUGUAGUUGCCCUUAUAAUUACGGCUCUCAACCAAACACUAGUAUUUGCCCCAUUUGUAUGGGUCUGCCUGGUGCUUUACCGAUUUUGAACUUUGAGGUCAUUGAGUCUGCUGUGAAAUUUGGGCUUGCACUCAAUUGCAAAUUGGCAAUGAACUCGAAGUUUGAUAGGAAAAUAUACUUUUACGCGGACCUUCCAAAGGGGUACCAAAUAUCCCAGUUUGAUGUUCCAAUUGCGACCGGUAGCUACAUUGAUUUGGAUAUUACAGUAGAGUUUGGUGGUGGGCAUAGGAAGUUUGGCAUUACAAGAGUUCACAUGGAAGAGGAUGCAGGGAAGCUGAUGCAUUCAGACGAUGGAAGUUACUCACAGGAAAGUACAUUUCGCUUUAGCGGUGUUCCCUUGCUUGAGAUUGUUUCUGAACCUGAUAUGAGAAAUGGUAUUGAAGCUGCAGAAUAUGCUGCAGAAAUACAGAGGGUGGUUCGGUAUUUGGGAGUGAGUAAUGGCAAUAUGCAAGAAGGUUCACUUCGUUGUGAUGUCAAUGUUUCUAUUCGACCAAUUGGGCAAUUACAGUUUGGGACGAAGGUGGAGAUAAAAAAUUUGAACGCUUUUUCAGCAGUGAGCAGGGCAAUUGACUAUGAAAUUUCGAGGCAGGUGCUUCUUCAUAGUCAAGGCCAAGACAAAGAAAUUGUACAGGAAACACGACUAUGGGACGAAGGAGCUCAGAAAACAGUUACAAUGAGGAAGAAAGAAGGACUAUCUGAUUACCGAUAUUUUCCCGAACCAGACCUUCGAGGAGUUUUCCUCACCCAGGACUAUGUUGAUGGUAUUCAUAACUCUUUGCCUGAACUUCCAGAAAUGAAGCGUCGAAGGUAUGAAAAGAUGGGCCUAAGCAUGCAGGACAUUCUUUUCCUUGCUAAUGACAUGAAUGUUGCAGAAUUUUUUGAUACCACUAUUAAGAAGGGUGCUGAUGCGAAGCUAGCUGCCAACUGGAUAAUGAGUGAUAUUGAUGCCUAUAUGAAAAAUGAAGAGUUGUCCAUCAAUGAGGUCAAGCUUUCCCCCCAAGAGUUGGCUGAGUUAAUAGCUUUCAUAAAAGAUGGGACUAUUAGUGGGAAGAUAGGGAAACAGAUAUUGUUUGAGCUACUAGCAAAAGGUGGUACUGUGAAGGGACUGAUAGAAGAAAAAGAUUUAGUUGUUUAUUGUAUUGCCAGGCAAGUUGUUUAUUGUAUUGCCAGGCUAUUUAAUUCAUAA